AUGCGGGACACAAGGAGUGGACCACCGCGAAAAGUAGUGAGGAGCUCACAGCCGUCAACGUCUGCUGAAUCUGAAAAUUUCUCCUCUAAGGAGGGUAAUCAGCAGUCACAACAGAGACAAAGAAGUGGGAAAUCCGGCGGUGAAGAUGUUGAUUCAUCUGUUUCUGUUCAAUGGGAAACGAGGCGAUCUUCACGGAACAAGCAGGAAAGGCAGUCUGUUGUCAAAGAAGAGGAACUACCGUUCAGGAAUACGAAAUUGUCCAGGAAAGAUGUUUCUCGUCCAGUUGAGAGUGUUUCUUCAUCGCAGUCGCUAAACCCGGACGAGAGCGCCCUGACAGAGGUCACAGAACCUAAUUCCCCUGCCUCCCUCCUCUCUGGUUUGCGGAGGUCAACGAGAGAGCCAAGGCCGAAACGAACAUUGAGUCCAACGCCUACGAGUCCUAAGCGCCGUGCACGUAUAAAGAGGCCUAGUUUGGCACCCUCGGAUUGCGACAUGAGACAAGCCGAAACAAAGAACGUCGACAUCGUAACAAUUGAAGGUGAAAGACGUGCGGAUCUAACUGAUGCACGUGGUCCCCAACUGUUAGUGGGAUGUGGAAACCCAUAUCAAGUUUUUACGAAGUUCAAACAUCUUGAAGAAGAUUCUUUCAUAGCAAGCGACCCCACUGUUGCUGAUGAUGACAUGGAGAACGAUCUGGUUGACAUACAGCCAUUCGAUUCGGGAGAUACUAUCAACGAAGUAUUUAUGAACGCCAAUUUCACAGGACGUCGACAUAAUGAAGGCUCAGUUGAAGUGAGCGUCCUAGCACUUCCGCAGCAGAUGGAAAACAUCGAACAUUCUGCCAAAUUUGCGAACCAGCACUCAGGUGCUGCUCAGUAUGGUCUCUCUGCUAAUGGGGAGCGAAUUUCUGAAAGUAGCUCCCAGAACCUUCGCAGUUCUCAAGAGACAAAAGUGGAAGUUUCCUCCAAAGACAACACACAUAAUCAUGUGAGCCCCUCAGGGGCUAGGUCUAAGGGAAUAAGAAUGGAGGAAUCUUCGGCAAUCCAGAGAACUGUAAAUGAUUUUGACGCGGCCAACGGAACUGAGCUUGCUGCCGAGGACAGUAGCCAAAUGGAACCACCUGUUUUGGAUGGGCCUAUACUAGGUUCACCCCCGUGUGACUUCAAACCUACAGUGGAUUUACCUCCUACACUCAUGGCUGAUGGAGUUGUUAGUAAAGACACUCCAAAACCGGUGCAUUAUGUCGUUGGAGAGAUUUACAGGGUUCACACUCCCGGUGGGACUGAGCAAGAAGUGCAGUUGGCUUUGAUGGAUGAUGGAUCGGAAGCAUUGGUGAAUGCAAGUGGUGAAAUAGUUGACAUGACUCCUGAAGAUACAUAUGCAGCGAUCGACAUAUGUGACAUCGAAUUCAAUUUCCUUGAUGACAAGAAUGUUGUUUGCGGUCUUUGUGGGGAGGUAGUGCAAUAUUUGACUCUCUUCACUGGCCAUCUUGCCCGUGUUCAUCCUGAGAUGUUGGAACCGGAUAUGAUGAUUGGUGAUUUGACUUAUGUCGAUUACUUGAAAUCAAAAUUGGAAAACGACAGAAAGAAUAUACAGAACGGAUUCAAGUUCGCGAAACAGGCAAUGUUUCGAAGGACUCCUCGUAAAGUCAGUCAAAUACGCAUUAAUCCAUCCGAAAUGACGAUGCCACAACUUGAAAUAGCGCUGAAGAAAAAGCUUCUGGAAAAAAUGGGACGACGAGUCAGUGUCUCCCUUGUAGACAAGGAGCACGUUAAAUGUGGCAUCUGCAACUCUUCGUUCCACUACUCUUCUUUGAAUUAUCACUCUAUCAUUGUUUUUUUUUCGAUCGUACACGUUGUUCGCCAUUUCAAUGCAUGGCAUCCGACGAAUCAUCAAUGUGCAGGACAAUGGCCGAAAAGAACGCAAAGGCCCGGGGUAGGCAAACCCCUUUCUAAGCAGGAUUUUGCUGUAAUUGACUUGUCCCAUACGCAACCUGAUAACCUACAAUGCAUAUGGUGCGGUAUGUUCAUCGACGCUACAACCAUAGCUGUACAUUUCACGGAUUGUCAUCCUGGGGACGUCGAAGUUCCGAAGUGUCUUCUUUGCAUUCAGGAAUUGGUUAUUAACGCGCGAGUAAUAGAGAAGUUUGGGUCUGAUUUCGACAUUGUUCUACAGGAUGAAUUUCAUAUAAAAGUAGGGAAAUUGAAUAAGUUAUUCACGUCGGAGUCACUUAUGGAUACUGCAAUUGAAAAUUACCUGGAAUCUUUGAAUGGAAAACGAAAAAGGGCACCUAUAACGGUAGAACGACGAGUUUUUGAAGGAGAUUCUAUAGUUGUACAAACUACCGCUAUCCCUGGCGAGGAGGAUUCGUUGAACGAUCUAGAUCCGGACGCUGAGCAACAACUACCACGGAAAACGAAUACGAAUAGUCGUCAGAUUUUCGGCAAACAUAACAAACCAAAGCGGAGUAUGGUGCAGCCGAUCUAUCGGCAAGCUCCGCCUACGAAUUCUGAAUAUGUCGAAGUUGUCAGUGACUCACAUUGGAAGUGCAAGAUCUGUGAUGCCGAUUUGUACGGUGCUGUAAUAUCAGCAUGUGCGAUUCGGCACUUCAAAUUGAAACACCCUCAAGAGUCUGAUAGUCUACAGUUUGAAGUUGUUAGAGCACGCUUGGAUCGCAUUAGUGAUGGAUGUAUGGAAUUUGUUCAUCCACAAAUGCUCGAGUGUUUGAUAUGCCAUCUAACAUACCAGCUACACAAGCCGUAUAAUGUUUGCCGAGGGAUACGCCACUUGAAAUCAAGGCACCCUGAAAUAAUGCCCGAAUAUAACGGGGAACCACUUCGUCGAUACCGCAAAACAGGCACAGCUUUGCGCCUCGACGAUGAUCCAAACAUUCCGAGGCGACGUAGAGAAGCACAUUUGCAUGGAAACAAUGACUCGGAUCUUCUGACCCGCAUGAAAUCGCAAUAUCCGGGGAGUUUCGAUAAGGUUCAAACCAUCUACGGAGCUUCUGGUGAACCAAUGUAUGUAUUAAUGGGCGGCGGAGAUGAUGGGGAAGAAAUUAUUAAGGAGAAUUUGAAGACGUUGGCGGUGCCGAGGAACGAACAUGGAGAGAAACAAGCUCAGGAGAACCAGGGCCAAUAUGCUACAGCUGAUAUCAAACCUGGACGGGAAGUGGUUUUCGAGCUUAGUUUUGACUAUAAUAAUCUCGACGCAGACGGGAAACCGCAGAAGCACCUGGUACGUGUUACCCCGAAUGCUGAACCGCUUGGCCAAAGCAAAGUAAAGCCAAACCCAAAUCCGCACCGCUCGCUCUUCGAUGAAAACGAGCGUGAUGAUAUCACCGAAGUCACAUCUGAUCGAAAUGAAGCGAAUGAAGUGUUCUUUGGUGAUGUUGACCAUGCAGAUGAAAGUGCUGGCGAAGAAACAUCUACUGUUAUGCUUGGUGACGUUCUAUUCAUUGAUGCGGAUGGAAAUGAAAUUAUUCAAAGAACUACGUCUCUUCCGGAUGGUUCCAUCCAGCAACAGUACUUAGGCCAGGCUGAAGAUGGCUCGUUAUUCUUGCUGGAUGACAUCGUGUCGGCAGGUUUACAGCCCUAUUCGGAGGCGGUUGAGGAGGUAUACGAUGCCGACAUCAUUGACGAAAAUUCAGAGUCGGUGCUUCGUGAUCAUUACGAGAACCGUCUCGAAAACGUCACUGGUCAACGAUUUCGUGGAGGAACAGAAGUAAUACACAGGGAUGAUUUUGAUGGGAACAUGAUGCACCAGUCGUACAAUCACGCUGCUGCUGAGCAGGACUAUGCAAGUGGAAGCGGUCCUGAAGAAGACCGACCACACUACAGUCGUGAGGCUGUGGUAGGUAACGAUGUUCACUACACUGAAAGCGAAGUAGUGCUAAAUGAAGAUGAUUAUGAACGAGAAGACUACAGAACAGAGCAAGAUCUCGAGCAAUCAUCAGUUGCUAGAGAACAGAAUAUCGUCUCAACUGAACCUAGUGAUGAAGUGCAUUCCACAGCAAGAUAA